AUGCUGCUGCUGCUGCUCAUCACUGUUUGUGUUGCCAACGUGUUGUUCGCCUCAGGAGUCGUUUGCGUCCCGCUGGCGGACCACGGACCGCACCUGGACCACGGCUGGGGCCAGGUGGUCCGGCUGCGCCACCUUUACGCGGCUCGGCCCGGCCUGCACCUGCUGAUCGGCGUGGAUGGACAGGUCCGGGGCUCCGCGGACCAGACCGCGCACAGUCUGCUGGAGAUCCGACCCGUGGAUCCGGGAUGUGUGGUCAUCAGAGGAGUAGCGACCGAGAGGUUUCUGUGCAUAGAGGCCGAUGGGACUCAGUACACAACGCAAACCUACAGCAGAGACGACUGCACCUUCAGAGAGCAGAUCUUACCGGACGGCUACAACAUCUAUGUCUCGGACAAACACGGAGUGCUCCUCAGCUUGGGAAACCAUCGGCAGAGGCUGCAGGGCCGGGACCGAGGCGUACCGGCCCUGGCCCAGUUCCUCCCCAGGAUCAGCACCCUGGAGCAGGCCCCACAUCCUGAACUGUACCUCCAGGACCAGCAGAGCAUCACACAGACAGAAGAACCCAUGGACACUAUAGACUCAUUUGGAAAACUUUCUCAGAUCAUUCACAGUCCCAGCUUCCACAAGAGAUGA